GUUUGUGCUGUUCACAUGCCGCGCCUGGCCGUCCGCCUCCACCACGGCCUAUUGAGGCGCCUGCAGAUUAUCAACUGUCUUUGUUGUCAACAGACAUAUGUAGAGUAUGUCGAUCUGAAGGAACUCCUGAAAAGCCUCUCUAUCAUCCAUGUGUAUGUACUGGCAGUAUUAAAUUCAUUCAUCAAGAAUGCCUACUGUCCAUCUUUAUCUUUUCUUGAACUCAAGAAAACAAAUUAUGUACCAUCAUCACUUCUUCACCUUCAACUCUUAGUCCAGUGGCUCAAACACAGCAGAAAAGAAUAUUGUGAAUUAUGUAAACACAGAUUUGCUUUCACACCAAUUUAUUCUCCAGAUAUGCCUUCUCGGCUACCAAUCCAAGACAUAUUUGCUGGGUUGGUUACAAGUAUUGGCACAGCAAUACGAUACUGGUUUCACUACACUCUUGUGGCCUUUGCAUGGUUAGGAGUUGUACCUCUUACAGCAUGCCGUAUCUACAAGUGCUUGUUUACUGGCUCUGUGAGCUCACUACUGACGCUGCCAUUAGAUAUGUUAUCAACAGAGAAUUUACUGGCAGACUGUUUGCAAGGUUGUUUUGUUGUGACAUGCACGCUCUGUGCGUUUAUCAGUCUUGUAUGGUUACGUGAACAAAUUGUCCAUGGAGGUGCACCACAGUGGCUAGAACAGAAUCAGCAGCAAGCCAUUAACGGGGUUGGACAACAGAAUGAGGCUCAGGGUGUAGGAAAUGCUGGUGCUGAAAAUGCUGUACUUGAUCAGCCUGUGGACCAGCCUGCUGAAAAUGUAGUUGUAGGUGAAAAUCCAGAAAUUCUAGAAGAACAGCCAGAUGAUGAAGAAGAAGACAAUGAAGAUGAAGAAGAUGUUGUAGUUGAAGAUGCAGCAGAUGCAAACAAUGGAGGACAAGAUGACAUGAACUGGAAUGCUUUGGAGUGGGAUCGAGCAGCAGAAGAGCUUACAUGGGAGAGAAUGCUUGGGCUUGAUGGAUCUCUAGUUUUUUUGGAACAUGUGUUUUGGGUGGUAUCAUUGAACACACUAUUCAUACUUGUCUUUGCAUUUUGUCCCUAUCACAUUGGCCACUUCUCUAUAGUUGGGCUGGGCUUUGAAGAAUAUGUUCAAGCUUCUCACUUUGAAGGCCUAAUCACAACCAUUGUUGGCUAUGUGCUGCUGGCAGUCUCAUUAAUUGUUUGUCAUGGCUUGGCAGCGCUUGUAAAAUUUCAGAGAUCGCGUCGCUUGCUUGGCGUAUGCUAUAUAGUUGUCAAGGUAUCAUUAUUAGUGGUGGUAGAAAUAGGUGUUUUUCCUCUUAUCUGUGGCUGGUGGCUGGACAUUUGUUCACUGGAAAUGUUUGAUGCUACUUUGAAGGAUAGAGAGUUGAGCUUUCAGUCUGCCCCUGGCACUACAAUGUUCCUACACUGGCUAGUGGGAAUGGUAUAUGUCUUUUAUUUUGCAUCCUUCAUUCUCCUCCUGAGAGAAGUACUGAGACCUGGAGUCCUCUGGUUUCUGAGGAAUUUAAAUGAUCCAGACUUUAAUCCAGUUCAAGAAAUGAUUCACUUGCCUAUUUAUAGACAUCUCAGGAGGUUUAUUUUGUCAGUGAUUGUCUUUGGGUCAAUUGUCUUGCUCAUGCUUUGGCUUCCUAUACGAAUUAUUAAAUACCUGCUGCCUCACUUUCUUCCAUAUAAUGUAAUGCUCUACAGUGAUGCUCCUGUAAGUGAACUUUCCUUAGAAUUACUUUUGCUUCAAGUGGUUCUGCCAGCUUUGCUUGAACAAGGGCACACAAGACAAUGGCUGAAGGGGCUUGUACGAGCAUGGACUGUUACUGCUGGCUACUUACUGGAUCUGCAUUCUUACUUACUGGGAGACCAGGAAGAGAAUGAAAACAAUGCAAACCAGCAGCCUAAUAACCAACCAGCUCGCAAUAAUAAUGCUCUUCCAGUUGUGGGAGAAGGUCUACAUGCAGCCCACCAAGCCAUAUUACAACAAGGAGGACCUGUUGGUUUUCAACCUUAUCAUCGGCCUUUAAAAUUUCCACUCAGGAUAUUUUUGCUGAUCAUUUUCAUGUGCAUAACACUCCUGAUUGCAAGUCUUAUUUGCCUUACAUUACCAGUGUUUGCUGGCCGCUGGCUGAUGUCUUUUUGGACAGGAACUGCUAAAAUCCAUGAACUUUAUACAGCUGCUUGUGGACUGUAUGUUUGCUGGCUUACAAUUAGGGCUGUGACAGUGCUUGUUGCUUGGAUGCCACAAGGACGUCAAGUGAUUUUUCAGAAGGUAAAGGAAUGGUCCCUCAUGAUAAUGAAGACAUUAAUAGUUGCUGCAUUGCUGGCUGGUGUAGUUCCACUCUUGCUUGGACUUUUGUUUGAGCUAGUUAUUGUUGCUCCCUUGAGAGUUCCCUUGGAUCAGACCCCACUAUUCUACCCAUGGCAGGACUGGGCUCUUGGUGUUCUGCAUGCUAAAAUAAUUGCUGCCAUAACUCUGAUGGGCCCACAAUGGUGGCUGAAAACAGUAAUUGAACAGGUUUAUGCAAAUGGAAUUCGAAAUAUUGACUUACACUUUAUAAUACAAAAGCUUGCAGCACCUGUUAUUUCAGUUUUACUGCUUUCUCUCUGUGUACCUUAUAUCGUAGCUUCUGGUAUUGCACCUUUGUUAGGUGUCACUCCUGAGAUGCAAAAUUUAGUACAACGUCGGAUUUAUCCUUUUCUACUCAUGGUAGUAGUUUUGAUGGGAAUCUUAUCCUUUCAGGUCCGUCAAUUCAAGCGCCUUUAUGAGCACAUUAAAAAUGAUAAGUAUCUUGUUGGGCAACGACUUGUGAAUUAUGAACGAAAAACUGGGAAACCAGGGACGUCACCAUCACCACCUCAGUCUUCACAAGAAUAGAAAUGGUUACAUGGAAUUACUUGAUCUUCCCUUGCCUUUGUGUUCUUUUUCAUAGACUGGUCAUCAUUAUUUGGGUAUUUCCCAACAAUUUUCUCAGCUGGGUUUUUAUAUUUUAAUUUUGGCUUCUUUUCUCAUGGCAUUCAGAUAGCAGUUAGGGCUAUGCACUAUCUGCAGUUUCUGAACUUACAGUGCUGAGAUCUGUAAAUGUGUAAAUAGCAAUAUCCCAGUACCCUACAACCUUGGAUUAAAAUGAAUGUUCAUUGUACAUCUUUAAAAGAAUAUUAAUUUAUUAAAUCUAGUUGUCACUUUA